CAAAGCAUUUAGCAAAAUCGAAAAGCAGUUGUAGAGCGAAGACCCUCUAAAAUCUUGUGAUUAAGCUUGAGACUUGAGGAUAAUGGACACCUUCUUGUUCACUUCCGAGUCUGUGAAUGAGGGUCAUCCCGACAAGCUCUGUGAUCAGAUUUCUGAUGCAGUGCUUGACGCCUGCCUGGAGCAAGACCCAGAAAGCAAGGUUGCCUGUGAAAGCUGCACCAAGACCAACUUGGUCAUGGUGUUUGGAGAGAUCACCACAAAAGCCAAUGUAGACUAUGAGAAGAUUGUACGCGACACGUGCCGUUCUAUAGGGUUUGUGUCAAGUGAUGUUGGCCUUGAUGCUGACAACUGCAAGGUAUUGGUGUACCUGGAGCAGCAAAGCCCUGACAUUGCUCAAGGAGUCCAUGGCCAUCUUACAAAGCCACCUGAAGAAAUAGGUGCUGGUGAUCAGGGUCACAUGUUUGGCUAUGCCACAGAUGAAACACCUGAGCUUAUGCCUCUCAGUCAUGUCCUUGCAACCAAGCUUGGUGCCCGGCUCACUGAAGUGCGCAAGAAUGAGACAUGUCCUUGGUUGAGACCUGAUGGAAAAACACAAAUCACUGUGGAAUAUUGUAAUGACCAUGGUGCUAUGAUCCCAGUACGAGUCCACACUGUUCUCAUUUCCACUCAGCACGAUGAAACUGUUACCAAUGAUGAGAUUGCUGCUGACCUUAAAGAGCAUGUUAUUAAGCCUGUUAUACCUGAGAAGUAUUUAGAUGAGAAGACCAUUUUUCAUCUCAAUCCAUCUGGCCGUUUUGUCAUUGGUGGCCCUCAUGGUGAUGCAGGUCUCACAGGGCGCAAAAUCAUUGUUGACACAUAUGGUGGUUGGGGAGCGCAUGGUGGUGGUGCUUUCUCUGGGAAGGACCCCACCAAGGUGGAUAGGAGUGGAGCUUACCUUGCUAGACAGGCAGCCAAGAGUAUUGUGGCUAAUGGACUAGCUAAAAGGUGCAUUGUGCAAAUAUCAUAUGCAAUUGGUGUUCCUGAUCCAUUAUCAGUGUUUAUUGAUACUUACGGCACUGGGAAGAUAACUGACAAGGAGAUUCUGGAGCUUGUGAAGGAAAAUUUUGAUUUCAGGCCAGGAAUGAUUUCCAUUAAUUUGGACCUUAAAAGGGGUGGAAAUGGCAGGUUCUUGAAGACCGCUGCUUACGGCCACUUUGGAAGAGAUGACCCUGACUUCACAUGGGAGGUGGUGAAGCCUCUCAAGUGGGAGAAGCCCCAAGAAUAAGGUUGUUUGCCAAGAAAAUGAUAAUAUGUUCGUUCUCUACCUGCUUUCAUACCUAAGAUCUAUGGCAUGUUUCUGCCUUUUCUUUUGUAUCUUCUUUUUUAAACCUUUCUUCUCCCUUUUCUCUCCAUCUCCAGAGUAUGUUAGAUCUUUCUGACAUGCAAAAAUACGUAUGUUGAGCUGAGGAUUUGAAAGAUACAAGAGACUAGCUGCAUAGCAGCAUCAAUGUACUUACAAAAGCUCAUGUGAGAAAACUGAACUUUAUUACAAUCGCUAUCCAUUAUGUUUGUUCCGUUGCCGAGAGCCCCUCGCCUGUGACAUCCUGAGUCCCCUAAUUCAU